AUGCGGGAGAACCUCGCUUAUUUACUCGACCAGCGGCUGUACGAGUCGGCUGAGAUCCUCGGAAGCUUCUUGGUUUCAGCAGCCGGCCCGGGCAGCGACGUGCCGGCAAUAUCGAGGGCGGAGAAUCUCGUGCUUUACGCGGACGCGCUCUUUGGGCGGCAGGAGUUCCGCCGCGCGCUGGUGGGUGCGCGGAGAGUGAGAGUGCGCGGCUCCGCAAUUCCCUGUUCCCACCUUCCUCUUGCGUUUUUCCUCCCCUUCCUCUCCCUCUCGCCUCCCCCUUCUUCCCCUCCCUCCCGUCCCCCCUCUUCCCCCCCGCAGAACCUCUACCGCCAGGCACAGCAACUCUGCAAGAACCUCUACCGCCAGGCACAGCAACUCUGCAAGGUGGCCGGCCAUGCGGGCGGCAGCAGUCGGACCGUCCCUGGCAGCCCUGCCACUGUAGCAGGCACUGUAGCCAGCGCCAGCCUUGGGACUCCCGCCCAGUCAGGCGGCUACAGUGCAGGAGGGGCGGGGACAGGGGGAGGGGGCGCAGGGGGGGGCUCAGGGGGAGUGGGGCGGUAUGGGGGGGUGGGGCAGUCAGGGGGGGGAAGCGGGAUCGGGGGGAUGGGGGGGAUUGGCGGAGGGGGGAGAAUGGGAGCUGGGGGGGGGAUGUCGAUGGGGUGUUUGUCUAUGGUUUCAGGGGGGGCGUGUGUGGGGGGAGGAGCCGGGGGAGGGGGAGGGGGCGCGGUUGGGGCAAUGUGGGGUGGAGGGGCGAGCAUGGUGGCCUUGGAUACAGACGUGGGGAAGGCUGAGGUGCGCCUGCGAGUAGCGGAGUGCUACGUGGCAUUAAAGGAGGUGAAGCCCGCCCUCACGGAGCUCGAGGCAGUGCCUCACCGCCUGCGGUCGCUGCGCCUCAACCUGCUGCUCGCCCGUCUCUACCGCUCCAGCAGCUACGACCGCGCUGCACUUGCUGCUUACAAGGAAUGCCUGAGGCAAUGCCCAUUCGCAAUGGAGGCAGUGACAGCAGUGGCGCAGCUGGGGCUGUCAGCCAAAGAGACGUGCGCUUUGCUGCCCCAGCAAGAGCCCCUUUCGAGCACGCCCAGCAGCAGAGGGAGCAGCAAGGCGGGUGCAACAGGGGAGGUGCACGAGUCUUGCAAGUGGCUGCAGAAGUAUGUGGAGGCACAGGCACACCGAGCAGCCAAUGAGAACGCAGCCUGUGCGGACGAGUAUCAGCAGCUGGUGACCCGCUUCCCCAGCAACGUACACCUGCACCUGCACAUGGGGCAGGUGGAGGCAUCUCAGGGUCGCAAUGAGGAGGCCAUGCUACACUAUCAAAAG